AGCGGCCGCCGCCGCCCCAGCUCCCUGAGCGCCUCCUCCUCCUCGAAGCCCUCCGGGCGGGACCCAGCUGGGGGAAUCCGGAAACACUGCUGCUACUACUACUAAUGAUGAGCGUGCCGCUGUUCGCCCGCCAUCAGCGCUUACGAUGUGCCCAGCACUGUUCUAAGCGCUGGGGGCCAUACAGGGUCGUCAGUUGGCUCCCGGGCCCCGUCCCCCUUCGGCAGAGGACGGCAUCGUAGCGGAGAGAAUAGGAAUCGUGGUGGUAUUUGUUAAUGGGCGGAGGGCCGUGGCACGGAGAAGAAGAAAAGCCGUCCUGUUUGGUUGGUGAGCGCUCGCCACGUGCCCGGCGGCGUCCUGAGCGCUGGGAUGCGUACGGAGUCACCGGGUGGUUCCCGGGCCCCGUCCCCAUCUGACGGAGGAAGAGAGCCGGGACGCGGAGAAUGAGGAGCGGGGUCGUAUUGGGUUUUGCCACCGACGGGGAAAAUGAAAGGCGACGGGGCGAGCGUCACAGAAGAGCACCUGUAUCUGGAGUUUUCUCACCGGUCGGAGGAGGGUAUUUUCCCGCUCCACACGUCGAUCUCGCUGUUUCUGCUGUCUUACUGCGACUGCAAAAUAUUCAAGAUUUUCUUAGUCCCCACCGGCGGGAGCACCGACGCCCCCGUUGGGAACCCCGGGCUCGUCGGCGACUUGGAAAUCCAGAUCGUUCCGAGACGGGAGCUCCCCUUGGCCGUUGGAAACUGCCGCCUGCCCGCCGUGGCGGAGGGAGCGGGAAACCUCUGCCGGGCGGGGCUUUCCGUGGUCCUGAGACACGUGAUAGAGAAAGCGUUCGCCGCGGACCCGUCCAGGAAGGACGUCUUGGAACUUCUGGGCUUUAAAAAGACUUGCCUGAAGGCUUGUGCCGAAGUCAGUCAGUGGACCCGACUCUGUGAGCUUAGCAUCCCCGUCGCCGUGGAGAGAUUCCUGAGGCGGCCCGGAGAGGACGCCGCACCCAUCCCCCCGGAGAUCCAGCAGCUGGAGAGAAAGCUCGGCGAGCCGGUCAGGGUGCACAACGACGACAAGGUCCGUAGGCUCAAGCUGAAGCAGCAGAAGGCCGUCGAGGGAAGCCGGGGGCCCCCGUCCGCAAAUCUGGAACUGGAGGUGGCCCUCUCGAAGCUGGCUCUCCGGGAGGUCCCGGCGCCGACCGACGGGGAGCCGUCUCACGUCGGGAAGGUGAAGAGCGCCGCGCUUCCCCCUCUGGAUCACGUGUUCGCCGAGGGGCUCUAUUUCACCCUCGCCGACCUGGUCCUUCUGCCCUGCAUCCAUCCCUUUUGGGUUUUGGCCCGCAAGAAGCAGAGUAAAUUUCUGGACGAACUUCCGCUGAUCGCCUCUUGGUAUCGGAGGGUUCAGGAGGUACCUGGAGUGAAGAAGGCGGCUCAGAACUGUGGAAUCCAGUUUCUCCAGUUCCCCCAGUUAGGCACCUCCACAGAGGAACAGCUGCCAAAGUCGGGCGCGCUUUUUGAGGCCGAGCCGGUUCCCAGUGACCCACGGUUCGUAGGAGGCCCAAGACCGACCAUGUCCAAGUUAAUGGAAAGAGGCAUUGAGGCAAAGUUCUCUCCUCAUCCCUGCCCUAACUGGACCCUAGAUUGGAGCAGCCUACCCGCAGCUGUGAGCCCUGAGGAGGGUAAGAUGUCCGGUGAUCGCGCUCUGAGAAAGCAGCAGCAAUUGAACAAUCUGGUUUCCAUGGUGACACGAUUGGCCAAACCCGGUGACACAAUUGUGGAUUUCUGUAGCGGCGGGGGCCAUGUUGGAAUUGUCCUGGCCUAUCUCCUGCCAUCGUGUCAGGUGAUAUUGAUAGAAAACAAGGAGUUGUCAUUGGUCCGAGCGAAGAGCAGAAGUGAUGAAAUAGGUCUAACCAACAUUUGGUUUAUCCAAGCAAACCUAGACUACUUCACGGGGAGGUUUAAUAUCGGGGUGGCUCUGCACGCUUGUGGCGUGGCGACCGACAUGGUGAUUGAGCGCUGCAUCCAAGUCCGGGCUGCCUUCGUCACCUGCCCGUGUUGUUAUGGCUUCAUUCAGAACACGGUGAAGUUUACGUUCCCACGAAGUCAACAGUUCAAGGAAGUUUUAUCCUAUAAGGAACACAUGAUUCUCUGCAGAUUUGCAGAUCAGACAGCUGUUCAACUUCCACUAGAACGCAGGCUAAUAGGAAAACACUGCAUGGGUCUGGUAGACCUCGAUCGGGCGAGAGCUGCAGAAGGACACGGCUACUCUGUUCAAGUGAUCUCCAUGGAGCCAGAAAGCUGUUCCCCUAAAAACAACAUGAUAGUGGGGCUACCCAUUUAGAUCAAGACAUUUACAUUUGAUCUGUGGCCACCGGUAUUCGUGAUCAAAGUCCAAAGGCAUCUGGAAGUCUCUUGACGUAGUUGCGAAGCAGACGUCAUACGUCCUGGACCUAAAGAAAAGAAAGCAGCAGGACAAUCUGGGAAGGAGAGCUACCUGCAGAGCCCAAUAAAAGCUACUUGUGACCGUGUGAUUAACGGCUGCUGGUUUUCGAAGUGAGCAUCCCUCCAAACUUCAACUGCCUUCACAAGUAACAUUCACAGGGCCUAGUUUAAACCAAGGAGUCGGCCUCGUUGGGGGAAUAAUGAUUUCCUUUUCACUGCCUUGGCAGAACUUGACCGUUCAACAAGAUUAUGUCUCUGUGCCUCAGUUACCUCAUCUGUAAAAUGGGGAUUAAGACUGUGAGCCCCACGUGGGACAACCUGAUUCCCGUGUCUACCCCGGCGCUUAGAACAGUGCUCUGCACAUAGUAAGCGCAUAACAAAUACCAACAUUAUUAUUAUGUGAUGUGAUACUCUCCCAUUCAGCUCCCCCCAUGAAAGCCGAAAGUGGACUAGGGUUUUAUUUUCAAUUUUAAAUGUUUCAACCGUACUUCUAUAAAUCUCUUUAAAAGCUA